GGCCGAGCGGGCGGGCUGGGGCUGGGCUUGGAGCUCCGAUCCCCCCCCCCCCCCCUCGCCCGGGUGUUGCGGAGCCCGGGAAGCACCGGGCUCGCCCCGUGCGGGGAGGCGGUUACUUCUGCGGGACACACCGAGCCCGGGACCUCGCUGCCCGCCCCCACGGGAGGCUGCGGGGCGCGGCGGGAAGAGCCCGUCCGUUCUUAUUCUAGACGCUGCAAAAUAAACUGCGGUAUUUGGGGACCAUGGCUACAGACCCACUCUCGGAGCUUCAGGAUGACCUGAACUUGGAUACCAAUCAGUCCCUCGGCCAGCUCAAACUGGCCUCCAUAGAUGAUAAGAGCUGGCCUGCAGAUGAAGCCCCUGCUUUUCCCAAAUCAGAGGACUCCAAAGGCUCCCCUGAACCUGUCACUCACCUGCAGUGGGAUGAUCCCUACUAUGAUAUCGCCAGGCACCACAUUGUGGAAGUAGCAGACCAGGGUGCACUUGAUGGGGCCCAGCCAGGUGAUGACAAAUAUGGAAGGAAAGUAAUUUUGUUCAGUGCCUGCCGGAUGCCCCCAAGUCAUCAACUUGAUCAUGUGAAACUGCUAGGGUACUUGAAAUUCACACUGGACCAGUAUGUGGAGAGUGAUUACACGCUGGUGUACCUGCACCAUGGCCUGACCAGUGAGAACAAGCCAUCCCUGAGCUGGCUGCGGGAUGCCUACAGGGAAUUUGAUCGCAAGUACAAGAAGAACAUCAAAGCCUUGUAUAUUGUGCACCCAACUAUGUUCAUCAAGACCCUGCUGAUUCUUUUCAAGCCUCUGAUCAGCUUUAAGUUUGGACGAAAGAUUUUUUAUGUGAACUUCCUUAGUGAGCUGGAGGAGUAUGUGAAGUUGGAACAAUUGGGGAUCCCAAGCCAAGUGCUGAAAUACGAUGAAUAUCUGAGAUCCCUGCAGAAGCCUUCACAAGUGCCCCAGAAGCCAACACCCCCACGUCCACCGCUGCCAAACCAGCAGUUUGGAGUCUCGCUGCAGCAUCUCAGGGAGAAGAGCCCCGACCAGUCUCCUGUUCCUCUGGUGGUCAGAGACACCAUCGCUCAUUUGCAGGAGCAUGCUCUUGCUACAGAGGGGAUUUUCCGGAGAUCAGCAAAUACACAGGUUGUCAGGGAGGUCCAGCAAAAAUACAAUAUGGGUGUGCCUGUAGAUUUCCAGCAAUAUGAAGAUGUCCACCUCCCUGCUGUGAUUCUCAAGACCUUCUUGAGGGAGCUACCUGAGCCCCUCCUCACUUUUGGCCUCUACAGCCAUGUUGUCAGCUUCCAGAGUGUGGAGGAGGUGAAUCGAGUGGAUGUUGUUCGCAAAACACUCCAGACUCUACCAGAAGAAAACUACCAAGUGCUCCAUUUACUGACAGCCUUUCUGGUGCAGGUCUCUGCUCACAGUGACAGAAACAAGAUGACAAACACCAACCUGGCUGUUGUGUUUGGCCCAAAUCUGCUGUGGGCCAAAGAUGUAGCCAUCACCCUAAAAGCCAUCAACCCCAUCAAUACCUUUACCAAGUUCCUGCUGGACCACCAGAAGGAGCUCUUUGAGGAUGUGGAGGCCUGAAUCCAGGCCAGUCCACACCAGCACACUGUGCUCACCUUCCCGCCUUCUUUCCCACCUUGUCUUGGAGCUGUGACCAAGCUGUCUCCAUUGCAAAGGGACCAUUGAUCCUCUGGGUGAUGAGCAAAGCGAGGGCUGUGGAGAUGGUGGAGAAAGUGUGUAAGUAAGCAAGCAGGAGACCUGCUGCUCUGGAUGGGGAGGGGAGCUGGUCUCCCAGCUGCUGACUGGAGUCCUAACCCACCUGCCUGUCUGUGCAGCUCCUCCAGGGCUCAUCACCAGUCUGCUGCCCUAUCAGAUGACCUGCGUUCCUGUUCUCUUUCCCUCACGUGCAGUUUUUCUGCCCUCCUGGUCCCUUCCUCAGCAAAGAUCUUUUUCGUUCAAGCUCCCGAUAGCCCCAGCUCACCCGCCUUGCCUCAGCUGGGCUGUCUAGGCUAGGACAGGCUUGCUGGGUUUUGUGACGGAGACGUUCUUGCUGUGAGUGCCAUCUCUCAGCACUGAAUGUGCAUCCUGCCUUUCCCCAGAGGCACCUAAAGCAGGGAAGGGAGCCAGGCAGCCCUUGUGCUCCAGGUAGCAGCAUGUCCUGCACUUGCAAACACCACUCUAGACCCCAUACUUUUGGCUGGCAAGUGAAGGACCGGCUCACAGCACGUGGGCUGUAUUACCUGUCAAACUCCAAUACAAGGAAGCCGAAUUUAGCCCAAACCCCUCUGGGGUCACCCACUCCAGAUAUUGUUCAGUGUUUUCUGGGAUGUAGUGGGUGAGGUGCCUCCCAUAGUUACCCCUCUCAGGUAUGUUUGUCCCUCCAGCAGCAUUUCCAGCCUGGCUGGGAAGGUUCCUGCCAGCCCUGGCUGUGCAGGAGGGCUGGCUGGUGAAUCUGAAUCGCAGGGAGCAAGUGCCCUGGUGGCACUGACCUGCUGAACGCUAUGCUGCCUUUCCCUGUGGCAGCAGCACAAGGCUUCUUCUCUUCCUUCAGGCACGUGUAUCUGUGCUGACUGGCGCAGACCACCUUGGCUAGUUGUCUUUUUGAGCACAAGCGUAACAGAGAGCAUGGCCUUGAGGGAAGGUCUAGGAACUGGGACUAACCCUCACCCUGGAGUGCACCAGGCCUGGAUUACAAAUUUCUGCCCAGGUGCUGAGCACUCAUGUGCCAAAGCUGUGAGGGAACAGCUGUUCCAUGCCAAGGGCCUUUGCCCCAUCUCUCCUUGUUCAUACCUUCCUUCUGUCCUACCAUGGAAGCCUCGGCAGAUGCAUCCCCUAUGCCCUGCGCAUGGCUGGAGACAUCCAGGUUGUCUGCAAGGCAGGCGCAGAGCGGGGUGGGCCUGGCACCUUCACAAAGCUGCAGUACUGUUAAGGCCUCACUGUUGGUUUUGGGUUGCAGCAUUCCCGUUACCUGAGCAAAAAAAAAUCCUUCUCCUUAGCCUCGGCCUGGCAAGGGUAUUAGUAGGGAGCUUCUAGCCUUACUUCACUGGUGUGUUAUAUCUUUAUAUCUUGUGGCCUGCAUGCCUGGGCCAGUCCUCCCUGCUGCAUCUGGCCACAGGGACAAAUCUUUUGGACCAAGCAGAACUAAUUUUUAAAAAGCUACUGGAUGCUAAAUAGAAUUUGCUUUUUCAUAAUAUUUUAGCCUGCCUUUAAACACCAACCAAAGGUUGGUGCCCCAGUUGUAAUCAAAAUAAGUGACAUCUGCUGCAGGAAUUACGGAAAUUGUUCUUUCCGCUAAGCUCUGGAAUGGGGAUGGGUGUGAACACAGGCAGCUCUGCAGGGCAGUGCAGGUCCAGCCAGCUGACUCGAAGGAGGCACGUGGGUGGAAACAGUGAGCAAGAAACUGAGAAUUACUAAGGCUGGAGCGAGAUCUUCUAGGAGAUGGCUGGGUCUGAUCCCUUCUAGAUACUGGGGGACUUUGCCCUGUGGAGGCUAUAAGGCUGCUUAGUCUCCCCCUUCCAAGACUAGGAGUCUUCCCUGUUUGGCCAGGAUAUGAAUUGUUUCAGCCUGAACAAUUCACAGCAGUAACCAAAUAAAUGUUUUGGAGGUAGAGAUACUCAGCUCCUAAUUCACUUGCCAUCUCUGCUAGAGUAAGUGAGCAGGGCUGAUGUGCUGCAGAGGAGUAGCCUCCUGGGAUGGACAGUGUGGAGAGAGGUAUACUUGCCCCAGUGUUUGUUUUAAGAGGCAAGGCUUUCUGGACAGCCUGGGAGGAGCGUGGAGGCUGAGGGAGCCCAGUGCAGCCCCUGUGUCCCUGCAGGCACCCCGCUCUGUGCAGGCUUCAGUAUGGGGGAGGCUUGGUGCUCUGACUAUCUGCAGCCUACACUGGCCUCGCUUAUAUCCCCCUAGAGGAAAGGCAAACCCAGCUAACUUCUCCUGGGACAAACAAACCCAAGGUCAGCAACUUGGAACGGGAAGUGCCUGUGUGCUGGGGCACGAGGCCUUGGCCCUGUGUGCAGCCCAGCUCCCUGGGGAAGGUGGCACAUUCCAGCCCUGCGAAGCAGCGAGGACCGUUCUCUGCCCAGUAGCCAGAGGAGCAGUGCUGGGGAACCUUAGCUCCUCUCCAGGGGGAGAGCAGGGAUUGCUGCAAGUGUCUCUGUUCUGGCUGGAGUUUGUUUGAUGGGUUCGCUUUUUUUUUUUUUAAGUGAAUUCUUGAAAUAAUGUUUCCUUUUUUAGCAAAAUGGAGACUGGUGCAUCCCCUGCAGGCAGGGAUAAAAGCCUGCUCCAGUUCGGUGCCUGCAGGGAGCAGAUUUGGAGGGUGUUCAGGAAGCUGCUACUGCUCAUGGUGGGAAAGUGCUUGCAAAUCCUGGAAGGGACCCAGUGUAAAUACCCCCUUUCCUCUGCUGCUCCUCAUGCUGGAGUGCCAGGGGCCCUGGAGCAGGCACAGUAACCAGGGUUGCUUUUGCUUCUGCAGUCUGCUCCCCUGAAUGCCUUGUAUUGAAAUGUCCCUCCUGUGACUUGAGCAAGGAACCGGCCUGGGCCUGCCUGCAGCUUGCACUGGGUGGGUGGCCACCAGAGCCUGCAUCUGCCAAGCCCAGGGCAUUAAAUUCCUUCCUCAUCUGGUUAGCCCCCUCACGCAGGCAGGGGCUGGCUGGGUUGCAUUUCUCUGGGGAGCAGGUAUCUGGUUAGGGUGCUUUGUCAGGUUUCUCCUUGCUGUAGAGCUGCCCAAGGAUCUUCCCUGGCUCAUCUUUCAGGUUAGUUAUUAGCCAUUUCUCCCUGUGGGGGUACUUGUUCCACUUCAACCCUCUGCUUUUUCACACCUAGACCAUUGCCCUCUGCUAAGCCUCCUGCUGUCUUAAUGGCCUCUGAUCCUGCUCCCCGACACCAGAGCUUUUGGGUGGUGCAGGGGGGGCUGGGGCCACCUGGAUGCCUUGUGGCAAUGUUUGCUAAUUUGAGAGAGAGCUGAGGGCCAGUUUGGUCCCAGUUUCCUCUUUUGUGCACGGGGGCUCCUGUGCAAAAUUUUUGGCUUUGCUUUUGUUGCUGGUGUUCCCUGCCUUCUUUUCUGUUGAUGUUCGUCAGGUGCAGGGCUGGGGUUUUUAUGGUUCACAUUGUUUAUUUCCUUCUAAUCUGCACCAAUCUUAUAUUUCACAGUUUGCACUUUUUGUAUUUCAAUAAAAAUCAAAAUGUAAUCCCAGA